UUUUUUUUUUUUUUUUUUUAGUUCCUCUGUGGCUCCAGAACUGAGCGAUCCUCUCCUCUUCUCUGCCUCGCUCCCCCCUUCGCCAUUUCUCGCCUUCGAAGCCCACAGAGAGAGAGAGAGAGAGAGAGAGAAGGUGGGGGGGAUUGAGAUCUGGAGGCGGCGGAAUCUAGGGUUAGGGUUUCGUUCUGGCGGCGUCGGCGUCGCGCGAGCUGGAGGCGAAGAUGAGCGCGAAUCCGGCAACGGCGAGCUCGCAUGGCAACCUCGACGAGCAGAUUGCGCAGCUCAUGCAGUGCAAGCCCCUAUCAGAACAAGAGGUGGAAUUGGCUUGGUGAAGAUGGCAGAGGAAGAGAACCUAAUUCCAUCAAUUCAGCAAUCUUGUGAUUUGUUGACAUCUUAUCACCUAUCAAAUAAUGGUGAUCUUGCCUUCUCACUUGUGUGGGAGAUAGCCUCCAAAAUAAUGGGGGUGGGCAACUAAACGGAACCUGAAAGAAUAUGAAAUACACCCUUUGGUUCUUCUAUGUAGUAAGAAAGUCUGUUGUUUCUACUACAUCUCUCUUUUUCAGAUUCCCUCCCAAAAUUUUAAGUAUAUGUGAAUUAGUGAAAAAAAUAUCAGGUGACUUUUCAUCAUUGCUUUUUACUUAAUUAUGCAUUAUAUAUCUGCUAUAUACCCAAUUCGUUAACAGCAGUUGCUAUUUUUAAAUCAGAAGUCAACUUUGUCACUUAAAAUGUAGGCUUAGCUUAGCUUUCAAAUUUUCUAAAAUCUCUAUCAUGCAGGUUAGGGUGUUAUGUGAGAAGGCAAAAGAAAUUUUGAUGGAAGAGAGCAAUGUUCAGCCUGUGAAAAGCCCUGUUACAAUAUGUGGUGACAUUCAUGGGCAAUUUCAUGAUCUUGCAGAACUAUUUCGAAUUGGAGGGAAGUGUCCAGAUACAAAUUACUUAUUUAUGGGAGAUUAUGUAGACCGUGGGUACUAUUCUGUUGAAACUGUUACGCUAUUGGUGGCCCUGAAGGUGCGCUAUCCGCAACGAAUUACCAUCCUUAGAGGAAACCAUGAGAGUCGUCAGAUUACUCAAGUUUAUGGAUUUUAUGAUGAAUGCUUACGAAAAUAUGGUAAUGCAAAUGUAUGGAAGAUCUUCACAGACCUUUUCGAUUAUUUCCCACUGACAGCAUUGGUUGAAUCAGAAAUAUUUUGCCUUCAUGGUGGGUUAUCUCCAUCUAUUGAGACCCUUGAUAACAUACGCAACUUCGACCGUGUUCAAGAAGUUCCUCAUGAGGGAGCUAUGUGUGAUCUUCUAUGGUCUGACCCGGACGAUAGAUGUGGGUGGGGUAUUUCUCCCCGUGGUGCUGGAUACACCUUUGGCCAAGAUAUAUCUGAACAAUUUAACCAUACCAACAACCUCAAGCUGAUAGCUAGAGCUCAUCAAUUGGUCAUGGAGGGAUAUAACUGGGGACAUGAACAAAAAGUGGUAACCAUAUUCAGUGCCCCUAAUUAUUGCUACCGCUGUGGGAAUAUGGCUUCCAUCUUGGAAGUUGAUGACUGCAAGGGGCAUACAUUUAUCCAGUUUGAGCCAGCCCCCAGAAGAGGAGAACCCGAUGUAACUCGUAGAACACCUGAUUACUUCCUAUGAAGCAAUUAUUGAAGGAGGCGAUUUUCAGAUUUCUGGAAACAGGUCUAUGCUUGCUAAAUGAGGUUGUGAAGCAGAUAUUUCCUUGAGAUUCUAUGAUCAGAUUGACAUUUUUAUUUCAGGCUGCUGUGCUUGGUGGUUUGUGGGGAAAAGGAAUGCAUAAUUGGUGGGAGGGUUCUAUUUGUUUCUUUAGUUACAGACCAGUAAUUGGUUUCCAUUGUGGUCAGAGGCAGCAGGGCUCAUAUUGCAGAGUCUGCAGCAGCAUGUAUCAUUUUUAAGAGAACUACGCCCCCUUUUGUUGUGUGUGUUUUCUUUUUCUUUUUUCUUCUUUCAUGUCCUUUUUUUGAUCUUGUAGAGGGGAAGAAUUUUGAAUUUAGGGGGUGCCUUGCUCAAGUAUUAGAUUUAACUGCUUUAUCUGCAAUGAUUCUCUUUUUCUGCUUGCAUCCGGUCAGAGGCGAACAUUCUACUUUCAAAAGGUAUAAGAAAUUUCUGUGAGCAUGCCUUCCAUGGUUUAA